AUUUAUUCUCCAUGUGGCUUCUCCUAUAAUGCUGCAGCAGAUGAGAUAGGGCACAGGUGUUUCUAUUCUGUCUUCAAGGAUGCCUGAACAAACACAGGGCAAAGCAUGGCUGGUUGUAAUCUGUGGCUUCUGAGAUUAGAAUGAACACCAGGAUUUGAAGACUGCUCUCAUUCUUUCUGGAACUUCACAACCUUCUGGAAAAGCCUGAGGAAAGUGAAGAUCUGAGAGGACUUUAUGGGACUGUGAGCAGCCGACUGAUGGUGAGAGUGAGAAUCACCGAGGCAAAGUUACCGUGAAGGGAUGGAACAAGGCACUAGGACCUAGGAGGCGUCUCAUCCACCCUGGCAGGAAUUUCUUGCUUGGAGCUCAGACAACAAAGGCAGAGUGAGCCUGGUUUUCUUUCUCUGAGCAUCUCCACCCUGCACGCUGAAAACCGCUUCAGAUCUUUAGGGCUCACCAAACUAUGGAACUUGAUUUUGGACACUUUGACGAAAGAGACAAGGCGUCCAGAAACAUGCGAGGCACACGGAUGAACGGCUUGCCCAGCCCCACUCACAGUGCCCACUGUAGCUUCUACAGAACCCGGACCUUACAGGCGCUGAGUAACGAGAAGAAAGCCAAGAAGGUUCGUUUCUAUCGCAACGGGGACCGCUACUUCAAGGGGAUUGUAUACGCCGUGUCCUCCGACCGCUUCCGAAGUUUCGAUGCCCUCCUGGCGGACCUGACCCGCUCCCUGUCCGACAACAUCAACCUUCCUCAGGGAGUGCGGUACAUCUACACCAUCGACGGCUCCAGGAAGAUCGGCAGCAUGGACGAGCUGGAGGAAGGCGAGAGUUACGUCUGCUCGUCCGACAACUUCUUCAAGAAGGUGGAAUACACCAAGAACGUCAACCCCAACUGGUCUGUCAACGUGAAGACCUCUGCCAACCAGAAAGCACCUCAGUCCCUGGCCAGCAGCAACAGUGCCCAGGCCAAGGAGAACAAGGAUUUCGUGCGCCCCAAGCUGGUGACCAUCAUCCGCAGCGGGGUGAAGCCGCGCAAGGCUGUGCGUGUGCUCCUCAACAAGAAAACUGCCCACUCCUUCGAGCAGGUCCUCACUGACAUCACUGAGGCCAUCAAACUGGAGACAGGGGUGGUCAAAAAGCUGUACACCUUGGAUGGGAAACAGGUGACCUGUCUCCACGAUUUCUUUGGGGAUGAUGAUGUGUUUAUCGCCUGUGGUCCAGAAAAAUUCCGCUAUGCGCAGGAUGACUUUUCCCUGGAUGAAAGCGAGUGCAGGGUGAUGAAGGGGAGCCCAGCAGGUGCCACGGGCAGCAAAUCCUCCCCCACCCCCCAGAAGAGCUCGGCCAAGAGCCCCGCGCCCAUGCGCCGCAGCAAGUCCCCGGCCGACUCAGGUAACCACCAGGAUGCAAAUGGGACCUCCAGCAGUCAGCUGUCCACACCCAAAUCCAAGCAGUCCCCGAUCUCCACCCCCACCAGCCCAGGGAGCCUCCGGAAGCACAAGGACUUGUACCUGCCCCUGUCCUUGGAUGACUCGGAUUCCCUUGGAGACUCCAUGUAGAGCAGCACGGAGCGAAAUGUCCACGUUGCAUUUGGGAUACAGCAAAGUACCUCUGCCACAACAAGCAGAUAGGUGACUGGUGCUUUCAAGUCAAAGGACACACGGUUAAAUGUCAUUUUUGUUCUGUGAUUUCUCCUCUCUGUGCCACAAACCAACACCUGCCAGUCUAUAGAGAUAGAGGGAUACCAUUCUUCUGAGUUACAGGGGUGCAAAAUGAGAAAUUUGGGGCCAACGAUUCUGUGCAUUUCCCAUUUUCUUCUAUGAUUUCUUCUUCUGCUGCAGCUAUGUAGUUUUCCUAGUAAAGUCACUCCCUUGGAGGUGUGCAAAAGGAGCCCUUGCUGAGCAGUUUGCAAGCUGGGUGAUAUUCUCCACCCAUGCAAACUGCCAGCUCACUGCUCCUCAUUCACAGCCCCAAUUUUGACACCUGAAUUCCAAUGAGUCUUGGUUUUAUUGUGGAGGGUAGGCAGGGAAUUUCUAGUUUGAUGCUCCAGCAAAAACUUGGAUGAGAUUAGGAGUGAUUGUGUCAGAUGCUAAGUAGUUAGUACAAGUUAGUACAAUUAUUCAAAUUAUUCAAAUAUUAUUUGCUUUUUUUUUUUUAAUAAUUAAGCAAACCCAUAAAUCAGCUGAGUUAUCUGGAGUAGAACACCUUCCACAUGCAAUCCAAGGAUGCUGCUAGCUGGUAACAAAUAUUUAUACCUCCCCUAUGGUAUCUCUCUAUCUCUGUUUGUAACAGUAAUGCCUUGUGAACAGCCAACACUGAAAACACUGUGAGAAUUUGUUUUCAGGUUUGACACCCUCUAGGUCACUUUUUAUAGCAAAAAAUCAAUACACUUUUUAUAAAGGAAAACCUUGUAUCUGUGUUUUGGGAGUAAGGAUUCAAGCUCCUUCUUUUUUAUAAAAGUUGGUAAUUUUCUUUUGUUUAAAAAACACGUUCAGAAAAAAAAAAAAGUACAAAAAAAAGCCAACCACAACUGCAGAACAAUAAUAACAGCAACUCAGUUUUGAAAUCUUGUCAUCACUGCCAAAACAGACACGUGUAGGGGGAGGGGGGGAAUGGUCAAUUCAAAAUAUUGAAUGUUUUGAUAGUUUUUGUAAUGUUUAAGACUAUGUAUUUGGUUUUUUACACUUCAGUAUUCCUAACUACGGCCAGAUUCUCUACUUAUAUAACAAAUGAAGUUUUGUGGUGUUCUAAAACCUGUAUUUUAAGAAAAACUCUUCUAUCUGAGAAAAACAAACUCGCUGUAUGUAGAGAAAGCUUUUGCUUUUAUUAAUCAGUAAUGCCUCCUCCAGAAUGCAAAGUUCAUCUCCUCACACAGGGCUGGUGGUUUUUUACUGCACCAAAGCUUUGUCCUAGGCCAGCUGCCAUUGCCUCCCUCCCCAUGGACUAAGCUUUGAUGAAACUGAGUCUUGCAGAACUUUACCUAAAUGAAAUCUGUGCAAUCAAGUCUUUCUUUGUUGCUCUAUUUGCCUUUCUUUUUUUUUUUUUUCCAACAUAAACACCUACUCCCUGUUGCCUUGCGACCCCUUGUGAUUAGGAUGGAUUUUAUCCUUGUGAUGUUUGAUGCUCCAUGAGUGCUGGGUUGUUCCCAAAGCCACUCCAUGUUUUGUUUGCUUGCAUUGCUGGGGUGAAACAAUCUGUGCAGGCUGCAUCUUUCAAGGCUCAUAUGAUUAUAAUGCAACUUUUUAAAAGAGAUUUAUCCAGAGAGAGGCCAGGAUUGGGAAUUGUCAAGGGGUCAGAGUUAUCAUGCACCAAAUUUGCACCCAGUAGUGUUAGUGCAUGAUCCUUUACACCCAGAGUUUUGCACAAGAAACCAUUUGUUCUCACUGAUAGCUUCAUUUGAUUGAAGAACUCUCUGACUGCACAACUGCUGACUGGUCAUUUUAAAUAUUGUAAAUAGAAUGCUGGGGUUAGUUCACAGGCUAAGGGCUCGUGUGGAGGGUUUGUGGGGGGAAGGAUGUGCUGUGGACAGAGCUUGGGUGCAGUAGUCACCUCUGAGCCCUUGGCAUUGCUGAAUUUCAUGUCUGAAUGGGAGCAGGUCUCUGAGUAACCCUGUGCCUCAAUCUGUCUGUCUGUCCCUGCAGGGACAGCUCUGUUCUACCUCACUGGGGGUUGUGAGGCCAAAUGUUGGUUAACAUUUGUCAAGUGCUUUCAGAUCCUCUAACAGAAGGUGCUGAGAUAUCCUGGGUGCAGAUUUGGUUAUGGGUGCUAGUUUUUGGCUGUUUAAUCCUGUGAGUGCUACUGCAGACACUGGUCAUGAGCAAAAAGGACUUUUUUAAGCAUAAGGAUGUCAAAGGCCUUGGCUAUGCUAAUAACAAUAUUGUUCACCAGAGCUUUUGUCUUGGGGGAAGCUUUAGUGGCUUUUACCCUCUCCCCUGUCCUGUUGGUGGAAAUGUGAGUCCCUCCCUGAGUCUGCCUUUCCAGGGAGCCUGAGCAGUGGCCAUGGAUGGACUGGAACUGAAGCUGUCCCACAGGGACAGAGGCCACUCCUGUCACAGUCAGGGUGAGCCUGUCCUGCCACUUUUCCUCAGACAAACCAGGAGACCAGCCAUGCAGUCCCAUCCAGGUUCUCUUGCUGCUCAGAGCAGGACAUCCACCAGGAAACCCAAAUCUUUGCUCUCCUGGGCUCCUCUCUGCAGCCUGAGCUGCUGGGAGGGAAGGAAUUUGGGAGAUGCUUUCACCCAGUGUCUGUGAGUGCAGUUGGUGUAAGAGAAAGGAUCCCAAGGGAGGAAUGAUCCUUUGUUUGGAUGGUUGUUGAGAAGGGGCUCCUUUCCUUCCUGCCCAAAGCUCUGUUUGGUUAUUUGGAGAUGCUUUUCCAGGUGGAGCAUCACUAAGGAAUCACUGAGCUCUUCCUCCUGAGCUGCACCUGCUGACACAUCUAAAACCUCAUCCUGCAAAUUCUCCCUUGGGAAUGCAGCUUUGUUUGCAUGAGGAUCAUCCUGUGGUGGGGCUGUGCCCAGAAAUUCCUUCAGGGAAUUAGGGGGACCUUGAAAAAGCUAAAAGAAUUAAAAUUAAUUGUUCAGUGGGAAAAAUAGCCAUUCAAACCAGCAGAAGCCACAAAGAAAACAGGGUAUGAGGUCGAACUCCCAAGUUUUAAGAAGCAAUUUUCUAGGUAGAAAUGCCUGGGCAGUAGAAGUCAGUGAGCAUUUCAGCUGUAGCAUAGAGUGAAGUCUGUAUUAAUGCCAAUAUUGCAUGAAAUUGUACAGAAAUGCAUGUGGAAUGUUACACACAUUCAGAACUAGUUAUCUUUGGCUUUGUAGGAUCCCUCAUCUAGAUUUGAAUACAAAGAGAAACAGUGCACAGGCAUCAGAUUUUAGUUAUUUGAACAGAAGGACAGCCCUGAUUCAGGAAAGAACUUAAAAGCUUAAAUUUUAGCACGUGCUUUACUCCUGUUGACUUUUCACGAGAUUAAGGUUGGGUUUGGUCAGAAAGCUUCCCUGAACUGCUGUGAAUUAGUAAUUAUUUCCAAUAUGCUAUAGCAAUUCCAGACCCUGUGAGAUCCUGGAGCAGAUGAUAGUAAUUCCACUACAUACUCCAGAGUUCACCUUUCAUAUUUUUUUUUUUUAACAUUUACAAGAACAUAAAGCUCCACAUGAUAUGAGGAUUUGCCAUAUUAAUUCUGCUAUAAAAACCCUGUCUAAUUUGCCUCAUGAGGCUGCCUUUAGUGCUUUCAGAGACUAAUUGAAUCACAGAGACUAUAUUGUUUUAAAACAAUACAGUAUUUAAAAACAAAUGGGAGAAACUCUUAAAGGAGCAGGGCUUUGUUUCUUUGAAAUCUGCCUUUAAUCAGUAUAAUUUAGCAAAUUUGUAUAUAAAGAUCCCUGUUUCAGACACAGUCAUUAGGCAGGAAUGGCACAGACUGAGGGGUUUAACAUUUUUACAUUCAGGUGAUGGUCUUGACUGUAUAAGAUGAGAGCAAUGCAGCAAAACCUUCAGCCUUGGGAUUUUUAUCACUUAAAGCAUUUAUAAUCCUGAAGUUUCUGGUUUAAAGCCUCAUCUGGUAUAAGAUUUGUAGCUAGUUCAGUUCUACCAGCUAUAUAUCUUGAAGUGAUUUGGAGAGAGUUUGAUAAUGGGAUUUUACUUUGUGGUGGGAGUUGGAGGCAGCUUUUCCCUACCACUCUCUGUGUUUCCAGUAUCUGCACAUUAUUUAUGGUCUUCUCAGGAGCUAGAAACACUAAUUGUGUUAUUUCCACAGACAGUAGAAGAAUUCUGCUUAGAAAACAGCUUCCACAUCUCUCUCAUGCUCAGCUAACACAUGCAGGCAUACAAAAAACCACACACUUGGUUGAGCUGCUAUUUCUCUCUCAUUUGCUUGUUCAGUACUUUUGAAGGGGAAAAAAGGAGGUAGAAUAAAAAAAUAGUGGCAAACAGCAAAGCAGUGUUACACCCAGGCAUUUCCAAUGGGAAACAAGGGCAUUAAAGUGUUAGUUUCUCCUUAUCCACGUGGAUAACUUUUUCCAGGAUGCCUUGUUUUUGCUUUUUCACACCUUUGAGGUCAGUGCUGCUCCUCCCAGCACAGCCUGUGGGAAUGCCCUGGGAUUCCAGGCUGAAUCCCUACCCAGACACUGUUCCAGGGACAGCCAUCCCUGGGAGUGGCAUCUUCUCUGCAGCAUGGAUUUUCCACUCAGGGCCCUCCCCAGUGUGCUGAGAGAACCAGAGUGAUUUUGUCACUGACCUCAGAGGUGCCCCAAAGCCAUGCAAAGCAACAGAGAGUUCUCUUCCACUCUAGUAGAGACAGAAUCAUUUUUAGAGAAAGGGAUUAAAAAUUAGCCAAGUAAAGUAGAUAUAAAACUAGUCUAGAAAGUGUCUCCUCAAGCUAAGACAAUCCAUAACCAGAGAAAAACUCUGUAGAGGUGUGUUGGCCACACACCAGGUACUGAUCACCACCACCAUGGAACAAAACAUCAUUUUUUUUUUUUUUUUCCAUGUGGUGACAGGCUCUGGGUUAUUUUUCUGGUUGCUGAUGGAAGCAGGCUGGGACAGUGUUUGGGACUGGUGAGGUUCUUUGUAGAAGCAAAUGGAUGGCACAAGAUGAGGAUAUUUUUUUCUGUGUAUCUAGAGUCAGGUCAGUCCAUGCAACAGGAGGAGUGCUUUCCUCAAGACACCUGGAAGAGAUCCAGCUGAACCCCACCUUGGUGUGACUGGUGCAUCAUGAUGAGAGCAGGAAGGUGAAGACUUUAAGUGCCUUCUAACAUCCCUUGGGCUUCAGAAGCAGGACUGUGCAUGUGCCCAGCAAGGCCUAGGGUCCAGUGGCCUUGACCAAAAGAGACAGGGCACACUUUAAUUCUCGAGGUAUUUAGCCCAUCUCUUGAAAAUUGCUGUCUCCAGAGCCACAGGUUUCUUCUGGCUGAUGCCUCUGUCACCAAUCUGCAUGAAUCUGAGCCUCUCCACAGUAUCUCAGGAAAUGUUAAAGCUGAUCUUGUGUCUCACAGCUGCUCCUCACUGUGGAGUGAACAGGGCUGGGUUUGCUGCAGUGCUGGUUGAUUCUGCUCUCAGAUGUUCUUCAUCCUCCUCCUCUGCUCCUGGCUUGAGAGCUGGUUUCUCCUGGUGCCUGCAGGUGAAAGGCUGGAGCAGCAGUGGAUAGACUCCUCUUUGUUCUGUUUUGUUUCCCCUGGAACAGUUCUAAUCAGUGAUGAUUGAAGGUGUGAGGCCAAGCUGACAAACUCAUGUUGUAACAGGGAAAGGGGAGAAUUUCAGGGAAUAGAAGUAAGUGGAUGGAAAGACUUUUUCCAGCGAUGCCAUUACAAAGCUGCUCUGACAGGAUCCCAGCUGCAGGCCAUGGUGUGAGUUCUACACCUGCAGGUGAAAAUGUGGAGUUUUGGGAUCACAGACCACUGUCCAUCCCUUGGGACACUGCUUAGAGGAGGUUAAACACAUCAAAAUCUAUUUCUGACCAAGAGAUGAGCUUCUGAGCAAAUGAGAAUCAAUCCCAGUGGAUUCAGCAGUGGGGUUCCAGAGCCAUUGGGGUUCCAGAGCUGUUGGGGUGUGGCACAGCUCUGGGCAGAUCACUUCUCCUUGUGCCAUGGUGUCCCAGUGCACAGAGGGCUGGUCCCAAAACUUCCCUCCACCUGUAAGGUGCUUUGAGAUAAGCUGGUACAAAGAGCUUGGUUUUAAAAUGUAUUCAUUGCUCAGCAAAGUCUGAACACCUUAGAGAAGCAAACUGUAUCUCUGGCACAUCUCUCACAGACAUCUGGCUCUCUCAAAACUCUGCUGUAAAAAUGCUUCAAUAUUUUGGUCAUGGUGAAAGACAAACACCUCAUUUUUAGUUCCCCAUUGAAAGCAUGGGGGAGCCAGCAACAUCCCAGGGAGGAAGGAGAUACCCCCAUCCAGCAGCCUAAAUUUAGUCCCCACUGCCCUUUUUUUGUGAGAUGUAUGUGCACAUAGGGCAAUUCGUGCUAGUAGUCAAAAUAUGGGCCUUGUGUUUACAAACAGUGAAUAAAUCUUAUUAUUUCAGUGGCUUUCUACCCAGAAAACAGUGGGCCAGGUGUUGAAAACCUUCUUGUUUAGAAACGUGUUCAUGGCCAGAUGUCUCCAUGGGAGAGAGCUGCCUUGCAGUGUCCUUGCUUGGUGCACUUGAGCUCACUCACUUCUUGUGACUCUUGCUCUUGCUCAGGAUUCUUGAGCCAUUUUGGAGGUUUCUGGGUAUGACAGUUUAUCACUCAAACUGAAGAAAAAGGAGAAUGACAAAAGGGAAUUAACAAAUCUUAGCAGUAAUUAAUCUGUCAGCUGAAGAAAAGAAAGUUGGCAUCAUCAGGGAAAGACGUGCUUGUGAAUUUAAUCCUAAACCACAAAAUAACUGACUUAUCCAAACACUUUUUUUGCUGUAUAGACUCAGAUUAUUUUUGUUGUUGUUGUUGCAUAAAGAUUGCAUCUCUUUUAUUUCCAUAAAUUCUCAGACACUCAAUAUAACACAAAUAAAAACCAAUACACCUAAUUUUCUGCUGCUCUAACCAGGCAGAAGCCCCUCUGUAAUUAAUUUUUGAAUCUGUUUGGUCCAAGGUUGGUCUCCUAUUUCAAAGAUUGAUUACUGUUGAUAAUAAUUCUUGUGUGAUUGAUUACUUGAGUGCAGAUUCAGUUUCCUGGGUGACAGCUGCAGCCUUUGCAGAGAAAACCUCACUGACCCCAGUUAUAAAGUGAUCCCUUGUAUGGACCUCAAAUAGCAAGUUAUAUGGGAGAUAAUUUGUGUAGUUUAAUUAGAGUUAAUGAUGAAGCUGAAAUAGUUUGUUGAAAUACCCUAAAAGUUUUAGAAUUGAAAAUUAAAAAAGGAACCUCAACUAAUCAGGGCCUCCUCUGUAUUUUUUUGCUUCUGAGGAGUGUUGGCUUUAUCUCACUUUACUCUCACUCAGCCUACCAAUAGACAUGCCCUGAGCCCAGCAGGUUUAUGGAACUUGAAGUAGUAUUUCUAUUUCUACCAGUAUUUUUCUGCUCUAGUCCCAGCUAGCACCAGGCAGAAUAGAGAUUUAUGGUUGGCUUGGUUUUUAGAGGAAAGCAUUGCCAAGUGUCUCUGAAAUAAAAAGGAAGAUUUGGUUCAUUUUAGGUGACUCAUCUAAACUCAAGGCUGCUUUUCAAUUUUAUCCCAGCUGGUUCUUCCACCUCUUUGCAAGAGUUAUGUACAGGCAAUGGAGUUAAACUGGAGUCACAGUCUCACAGGGGGUUGCUGCAGAGCACAGGGACUCACCUGGCAGGAGCAGUCAGGAUGGAACACGGUGCUGGCACCUGGUCAGGGAGAGCCAGAACCAACCCCUGGCUCUGACCCCUGACUUCUGGGAAACCCAUGCACAGGUCAGACUUGGGAAAUACCUGUAAGGGACCAGAGGGAUCCCAGCCUUGGGACCAGGCCCAGUUCUCAACAUGACAAAUUUUAUUUUCAGAGAAUCCCUGAGAAACAUUUUGUGGGGUUUAUUUUUGUUGUUGUUUGGGUUUUGGGGUUAUGUUGGGGGAGUACUUUGUUAUUUUUUUUUUUUAAUUAGAGCAUGGCUGCUUUUCUCCAUCUGCUUCCAACCAUUGCAGAGCAGAUAUGGAUGGACUUGUAAUUCACUUUUCCUAGCAGGUGGCAGGUGAAAUCCUGUGAUAUUUCCCUCUCAUGCUGACCAUACAGUCACAGGGGGGUUCCAGAACACACAGCUUUUUUCCCCUUGUCUCCCUCUCUUUAAGACAGAGGAGCUUUUUCCAGAUUUAGUGUGAUGUCUAAUGAUGCAUCUGCCUAAAAAGAAGAAUGUCUAGGUAACUAAUUGCACUGCUAAUUGGUGUUUUUAGAUAUGGUAAAGCAGGAGUAUUAAAUGUAAGAACAAGGAAGCCUGUGAGUUACGAUUACAUGCUGAAUUCUGACAUGUGAAAUUGAUGUUAGUUUGCUUCUUAUUUAAAUGAUGGGUGAACCAAGCAGCUUCAGCACUGUGGCAGUCCUAGUACAGCUGUGAUGAGCAAUUAGAAGACACCCAGGGUCUUUUGGAAAGAGGAAACUUGUCUAAGCAAAUCUAUUCUCUGAGAUGACACAUUCCCCUCCAUAAUUCUCUGGAUUUUGUGACACUGUCUAGUCUGGAAGCACAGGAAGGAGGAUCAGCCUGCUGGCUUUGCUGUCACCAGCCCUUUUCUGCUUUCUCAGUUACAAAUGCUGUCCCAAGCUGAGGUGAGCAGCUCCCACCCCUCAGCCUGAGCUCUUGUGUGCAGAGCAGGAGCUGCCUUUGCUCAGGACCCUGCAGCUCCCAGGGGUGCUGAGGGAGGGAGAUGUGCAGCUGACCUGGAACCUGAUCAUGGAUUACUGUCUUAGGUCAUUCAUCGAGUGUGUGUGAUUUCCUCAUCAACCACAAAGCUGCAAUAUAAUAUAACUGAGAGGCCACUUUCACUUUUUCCUCUUGUUCAGAGGGUGGGGGUUGGAGGGGCAGCUGGGUUUAAAGUUUAGCUGGUAUACUUUAAACUCUGUGUACAUAACCUUGGAGGACUCGGGGGUGGGAAGGGGUCUGUGGUUAUUUUGGUGGGAUUGGUAACUUCAGGAUGUUUUUGUUUAAAGAAUAAGGUAUUUAAUUAAUGACAUUGUACAAAGAGCUAUUAAUUUAAAUGGUGCUUUUCUUCUCCUACCCCAGACCUGUCUAACCUUUUUUUUUUGGCAAGCCUGCAGCAAUGCUGAUCAUGUUGACUUUUGUACCUUGGGGGAGUGUGUGGAAGGGGAGGGGAAAUGCUUUUCUCUUCAGAAAAAUAACGUUGCCCAUAGUUAACUUCCUGCUUGGAUACAUACCUUGAAUUCCCUUUAUGCUGAAUUUUUAUGUGAAGGUCUCUUCAAAGGGACAGAACAAGCAGAGGUUAUUCCAAAAGAUCUCAACUGUAUCAUCUUGUAAUAUAUUGCAGCUUUAUGCCAAUGAUUCCUUGCUUACCUGUACACAGUCCAUGCAUGUUUUGAACUAAUUUUGCAUUCUCCAUUUGUGGUGAGUUAUUUAGCAUUUUAACCACCUUUUGUGCCAUUCAACUUGUACAGAAAACAUUUUUAUUGACGUUCUAAAGGGAGGGGGAAGAAAAUAAAAAGACCCCUUCUGCUCUCUAGUUGUAGGUAGAACUCAGUUACUUAGCAAACAGAUGUAGAUGAGUGGUUGUAGUGUUAGAAAUGUUGGCUUGCUCGUGAACAAGCUCUUGAGAGUAAAUGCAUGGUCCUGUACCUCUCUUUUCUUAAUUAGCUCUUCCUUUCCUCCUGGAAAGAUUCUCUCUCUCUCCCUCUCUCUUACUCUUUGUCUCUCUCUCUCUCGUGGUUGUAAAGAACAGAUUUGGGCAUAAAGGACCAGGUUUGAAAAGCAGUUCUCAACAGCUUCUCUCGGGGAACGUAUCCCUGCAGUGCCCUGCCUCGGCACGUCGGUCAGACCCAACUGCAGGGCACAGCAGGUGGAGAUCAGUCCCCCCUGAGCAGUCCCAGUGCCUCUGCUGGAGCUGGGGAGCCAGUCCAGCCUGUGCAAGUUUGGCUCUGGAGGAGGGUGAGGUGCUGCUGGGCACUGCAGCUGAGGCACGGGCGGUGCUGGCCGUGGGCUCCGUCCUGCCGGGGUGGCUGUCCCUGGGGCUCGUCCCACGGCCCUCAUUUGCAGAGUUUGCACACACUUUUGGUUUUCCUGGACACACAGCGAGGGGGUGGGGAUGGGAUAUGGGAAUUAUGUUGCUGGGGGGUCUGUAGGCAGCUCCUUCUCCACACUCCCGAGCUCUGUGUUGAGUACAAGGGGCUCCUUGUUUAUUAGCUGUGGUUCUGUUGGCAGUGGAGGACAGAAAAUGGGCAGAGUCUUCGAAAAGAUGGGGUCACUCACAAAGAUGCAUUUUGUAAGAAAUGGACUUCAAGAAACCCCAAAAAGCCGUGCCACAAAAUCACAAAGUGUACCUAGAUCCACACCUCUAUUCCCUAUGGCUCUUCUCCCUUAACAGAAUUUCCUUUUGUCAGAAGAUUUGACUAGGAAAAAAUUCCAUUUUUGUGAGGUGUUGUGAACUGUUUUUACUACUUGUAAUAACCAUCCCGGGUCUGAGUAUUCUUGUAAUGCAAUGCCAUGCAGCAGAGAACCUGUCCACUUUAUAGCUUUGCUCUCAAUAUUUGUUACUCAUUGUUUUCUCAUCUAAAUGUACAUUUGCAAGAUGUGUGUAAUGUCAUUUUCAAAAAAUAAAAUUUGGUUUCAAUAUUUAG